UCACAUUCACGCAUGGAGAAGUUGGUCGAAUAUAUCAGACGCCAUUUUUGCCUCUUCUCUUCAAAAGUCUAAAGUUAAGGGUCCUUUUUUUCUCUAUAAUAAUAGUAACAACGUUUUGAUUGCUUAACCAAACAAACACCCAACGUUGUUAUUCUGCGAGGGUCGAACAAGUUCGUACCAUGGUACGGUGCGUGUCGCAUGUUUUGGAUUUUGCGUUUGUUGCUGCGUUCUGUGUAUUCAGUUUCUUGGUUAACGUUGCAACAGCUCAAACUGCAAACGCUACCACAGAUCCUUCUGAAGCAAGAGCUUUAAAUUCAAUCUUCAGCAAAUGGGGUAUAUCAGCAGACACAAGCCAAUGGAAUGUGAGCGGUGAAGUGUGCAGUGGAAGAGCCACCGAUCAAAGCAGCACCAUUGAUGACCAAACUUUCAACCCAUUCAUCAAAUGUGAUUGCUCCUAUGACAACAAAACUACUUGCCGCAUCACAGCACUGAAGGUUUAUGCAGUGGACGUGGUUGGUGAAAUUCCAGAAGAGCUAUGGACUCUCACUUACCUCACCAAUUUAAAUCUUGGGCAGAAUUACUUAACGGGUUCUCUACCUCCAGCCAUUGGAAAUCUAACUCGUAUGCAAUACAUGACCUUUGGCAUCAAUAAUUUAUCAGGGGAGCUUCCAAAGGAAUUGGGAAAUCUUACAGAGUUAAUAGUAUUGAGUUUUGGGUCAAACAAGUUCUCAGGAUCUCUUCCAUCUGAACUUGGGAAACUAACAAAGUUAGAACAACUCUACUUUGAUAGUUCAGGAAUUAGUGGUCCAAUUCCUUCCACAUUUGCAAACCUUAGGAAUUUGGUGACAGUAUGGGCUUCAGACAUGGAACUCACAGGCAAAAUUCCAGACUUCAUUGGGAGUUGGUCUAAGCUUCAAACCUUGAGAUUUGAGGGAAACUCUUUUAAUGGAUCAUUACCCUCAUCAUUUUCCAAUUUGACUUCUUUGACAGAAUUGAGAAUAAGUGGUUUAUCUAAUGGGAGCUCCUCGCUGGAAUUUGUAAGGAAUAUGAAAUCUUUGACUAUCUUAGAAUUGAGGAAUAACAAUAUUUCUGGUUCAAUUCCAUCUACCAUUGGAGAAUUUCAAAAUUUGACUCAGUUGGAUUUAAGCUUCAAUAACAUCACAGGACAAAUUCUGGAAUCAAUUUUCAAUCUGAGCUCGCUCUCUUACUUGUUUCUUGGAAAUAAUAAACUUAGUGGCACCCUCCCGACGCAGAAAAGUUCAUCUCUUCGAAAUAUAGACUUGUCAUACAAUAAUCUAUCAGGUAGCCUCCCCACUUGGGUAAACGAACAAAAUUUACAACUGAAUUUAGUUGCCAACAACUUGACAAUAGAUGGUUCAAAUACCAGUGGCUUGCCUAUUGGAAUCAACUGUCUCCAGAAAAAUUUUCCUUGUAAUAGAGGUGCUGGAAGAUAUUAUGACUUUGCAAUCAAGUGUGGCGGUAACCAAAUUAGGUCAACAGAUGGAACAGUGUAUGAAAUGGACAAUGCAACACUUGGGCCUGCUACAUACUUUGUUACUGAUACAGAUAAAUGGGCUGUUAGUAACGUUGGAUUAUUCACGGGUAGCAAUAAUCCUGUAUUCAAAAGUUCUGUGUCUAAUCAGUUCACUGGUACUGUGAACCCGGAGCUCUUCCAAACAGCACGACUCUCUGCUUCAUCGUUAAGAUAUUAUGGUCUGGGACUAGAAAAUGGCUUUUACAACAUCACCCUUCAAUUUGCUGAAACAGCUAUUCUGGAUAGUACUAACACAUGGAAAAGCCUUGGGAGGCGGGUCUUUGAUAUUUAUAUUCAGGGGACUCGUGUUUUGAAGGAUUUUGACAUACAAAAGGAAGCUGGGGGCGUCUCAUACAGAGCUGUCCAAAAACAAUUUAGGUUUGAAGUGUCAGAAAACUAUCUCGAGAUCCAUCUCUUUUGGGCUGGAAAAGGGACUUGCUGCAUACCUGCUCAAGGUACUUAUGGGCCUUUGAUUCAAGCCAUCCAUGCUAUCCCAGAUUUCAUACCUAGUGUCAGUAACAAACCGCCAAGCAAUAAAAAGAAUAGAACCGGUCUAAUUGUUGGAAUUGUUAUUGGAGUUGGAGCUGUUUGCUUUCUAUCAGUUUUUGCAAUUUUUUGUAUCAUUCAGAGAAGAAAACGCCAUGAUGAUAAUGAAGAACUUUUAGGAAUUGAUACAAAGCCAUACACUUUCAGCUAUUCUGAGUUAAAAAAUGCUACAAAUGACUUUAAUGUUGAAAAUAAGCUUGGUGAGGGAGGUUUUGGACCUGUUUAUAAGGGGACACUUAAUGAUGGAAGAGUUAUUGCUGUGAAACAACUAUCUGUGGGAUCCCAUCAAGGAAAAAGCCAAUUCAUAACUGAGAUUGCUACUAUAUCAGCUGUGCAACAUCGUAAUCUGGUCAAAUUAUAUGGAUGUUGCAUUGAAGGGAGUAAAAGGCUUCUUGUCUAUGAGUAUCUAGAAAAUAAGAGUCUUGAUCAAGCAUUAUUUGGAAAUUGUUUAACCCUCAAUUGGUCCACACGCUAUGAUAUAUGCUUGGGUGUUGCUAGAGGUUUAACUUACUUACAUGAAGAGUCACGUCUCCGUAUUGUACACCGUGAUGUGAAGGCCAGUAAUAUUUUGCUUGAUUAUGAGCUUAUUCCCAAAAUAUCUGAUUUUGGCUUGGCCAAAUUGUAUGAUGAUAAAAAGACCCAUAUAAGCACCCGUGUGGCUGGGACAAUUGGAUAUCUUGCACCGGAGUAUGCCAUGCGUGGACACCUUACAGAGAAAGCAGAUGUCUUUUCCUUUGGUGUUGUGGCUUUAGAGUUAGUAAGUGGAAGGCUAAAUUCUGAUUCAAAUUUGGAAGGAGACAAAGUGUAUCUUCUUGAAUGGGCUUGGCAACUUCAUGAGAACAAUCAGAUAAUUGAUCUGGUGGAUCCUAGACUUUCAGAAUUCAAUGAGGAAGAAGUAAAACGUGUUGUAGGAAUAGCACUUUUGUGUACUCAAACAUCACCAACAUUACGACCAUCAAUGUCACGUGUGGUAGCAAUGCUUUCAGGAGAUAUUGAAGUGAGCACUGUGACUACAAGGCCUGGAUACCUAACUGAUUGGAAAUUUGAAGAUGUGUCCAGCAGCUUGAUAACUGACUUUGCAAUGAAAGGAUCUGAUACAAGUUACCAGAAUUCAUCAGGAAGCACCAGCAUGAUGGGUGGUUCAGACUUGUAUUCACCAAUAAAUGUGUCUAAACCGAUCCAUAACGAGACUCUUAGCCAGGGUAGAUAAGAAAAUGUGGAUUCUAUAGUAUUCAGAUAAGUAGUAGAACAAUGAUAAUGUCACUGUACUCCACUUUUUUCCUUUUGUUUUACAUUUUCUUUAGCCUUUGUUGUAUUGUUUACUUCAGUUUUGGUGUAGAACAAUGAAUUUGUGAAUUCUUUAAUUUUUAAUGUAAAUAACCAUCUAAGUUAUGGAAUGUACAUCAACUAA